UGGGAUGGUUGGUUUGCCUGUUCAGACGUGUGGUUGAGUUAGUCUCAAGCUUUAGUAGGUGCUGUGUAUUUACAUACUGUCUGCACAACAACCUGCUCUUCAUUUGCCAUCACUUCUGUAAUGGUCAAAUGUUUUUCUAGUUCUGGUAUUGCAAAACACCUCCUCCCUUAUCUUAUGGGAGCCAUUCCAGCUGCCCUGUUUUUAUCACAUUGAAAACUCCUCUGUCUUCAGUCUCUGGCUCUAGAGGACCAAAAUGUGCCAGUAGCUGCCAACUGUCUGUCUUGGGGAUGGUGGGGCAUUUAUGUAAUAAAGACACCAAAACCUGGAUAGCUGGAGCUUUGCACCAGAAGAUCUAUAAAUAAAACUGCUUGUUAAAAUAAACAUUCUUAAAAGCGUAUGUCAAGUUAUCAGUGGAGGAGGUGAACCUUGCACCCCAAAACAACCCCACCCUGAAACCUCUUGCUUGCUCUGAUAAGGGAAAGUUUGGUUUGUUGGAUUUUUUCUUUUUUUUUUCUAGUUUCAGAUUACAGCAGAACCUCUUCCACAAAAUCCAUACAGGCUAAUUAGUUGUACCUUCUAAUAUAUUUUUGGGGAUUUUUUUCCAAAUAAUGCAUCAUGUAAGGCAUUGUUUGGCUUAUGAAACUGAUCACUUAGGCUACAACAAGGCCUUCAGCUGCACUCUGUGCUAUUAUUGAUGCAUGUUGCUGGUGUCUGUCACACAAGUGGAGAAGAAACUCCUUGAACAGGAGGCAGCUGUCUGCCUGUAUUUGCCCAGCCCAAAAUGUUGCCCCCUUGGGCCUAAACGGCUCCCACAAGCCUGCUGCGCUCCUCUGUGGCUUCUGGGUAGUUGCUGUCAGCAUGCUUUGUGAAUGUGAAGUAGUGCUUUUGACGGCUUCCUGCUCUGCCAGGAUUUUGCAAAAUGGCUUUAUACAGCACCUCCUGGCAGGGGGCCAAGCAUGCGGUUGCCUUUUCCCCCAUCGCACCGUAGCUGCUAACCACAGAGACCGGGAUGGCUUCCGAGGCUUUGAGGGGAGACGGGCUGUUUUCCUGCCCUGCAGAGAUCUGAGGGGUUGAUAGACCACUUCAAGCUUAGAACUGGAGAGGCCUGGGUCCUUGUCUUCCAGUUAGGGUGGUGUCAGGAAUCUUUCAGGGGUGGAAGUGGGAUUAUUUUUAUUUUUUUUAUUUUUUAAUUUUUUCUACCUGGCUUGCACAUCCUUGUUCAGAGGGAUGACUUCUGGCAGAGCCCUGCAGAAAGGGAGCAAGCUUGUUACGGCUGCAUUACUGGCCCAGCUACACAGACUGGGCAGCGGCAGAGCUUGUCAGCUUGGGGUGGGAAACUACAAGUCAGAAGAUGUAUCCUCUCGCUUGUUUCCUGAAAGAAAAAUAUGCUUAUUGUCAGUUUAAAGGCGUUCAAAACAUGAGAGGUACAGAGUGGCUUCGGAAAGGAUUUGUCUGAGCCGUGGUCCCUCUGUAUAAGCAUCAGCUGCCUGUCAUUACAGCGUGCUAUAAUGUUAUGUUCUGCAAUGAUGGCAACAAAAAACUGGUGAUCAAGAGAACUGUCUGUUGAAGGAGCAAUUACCAGUACGCACAAACAGUUCAUCAGAAUUUAAACAACUAAGGAUGCCAGACAAAUUAUUCCAUCCCAUCCUAUUGUCCCACCUAAAUUUGUAAGGUGCAUCGGAGAAAGAAGAAAAUACUCUGCUUUUUUCUAGUCUAUGCCUUUAAAAAUACUCCUGACUGCAGUAGUGUAGAUAUGGCUCCUGGGCAUAGCAAACUGGUUACUCAUAGCUAGAGUGUUGUAGAUAUGACUCUUCUGCAUAGGAAAUGAGUUUUAAAAAGGCAUCGUAAACCAAAAGGUUAGUGAAACAUUGAUCGUCAGUAACAAACCUUCCCGUUCGCCGCGGUAGGAUAUUACCCUGAUUCCAAUAUAAUGAAGAUAAUAAUAUGUGCUGAUUUCUUUUUAAGCAGAUCAAUAUUGUGAAGUCAGUAUACUUCGCCAAGAUGAACUCUAAAUAUAGAUUGAAAGGGACAGUCUGUUUCAUAGCUGCCUUCAUGGGUCCUGCAGGAGCUGACAGGCUCCUAUGGGUCUAAAAGUAGAGAGAGGCAUUUUCUUCGGGUGAUUUUCACGGCUGAUUUCUUCUAUGCUGGCACACUACCUGAACGCGGUUAUGUUCUCAAGUUGUUAAGAAGAGUCCUCCCUGAAGUUGCAGGGAGGUACUAAUCAAAAUACCCAGGAGAAACAACUGCUCUUUGGAAGCUAAAAAUAGCCAAAACCCUCUGUGCACGAGGUGGUAACUUCUAGCACGCCGCUGUUGAAACGCAGGGCUCCUUAACGCUUGCGGCUGGCCACGGAUGUGCUUGUGGGGAGAGAGCGGAGCCAGCGCUGCUGGGGAGGUGGCUCGCAGACCCCGCCGCCUGGCACCACGCCACAUUCGAGCGGAAGGAAAGUGGACGCAGCCAUCUGUCUCCAAAUUACUCCCACACACCUAAAAGUCAUACGCUAGAUACAAUGGAGAGGCCUUCCUUGGAAAUUAACCUGUCUGAUACUCAUGAAGAAGGAAAACUUUAUGUAGUUGAUUCCUUAAACAACCUAAACAAACUAAAUGUUUGUCCAGAGGCAUCCCAACAUGCACUAGAUGAGGAAGAGAACACUGGUGGUACUGGAGAAAACACGGCAGGGAGCAACGUAAGAAACCCGUGUUUGUUCUUCGUCACCUUUAUUCUUACUUUGAUCGUCAGUUUGGCACUUGUUUCGUUCGUAAUAUUCUUAAUAAUUCAAACUAGAAACAAGAUGGACCAAAUAUCAAGCAGACUAAUAUCUGAAAAGAAGAACAUAGAAGAGCUUAAGAAAAUGAACAAUAUGAUAUUAAAGCAUCUAAAUCAAUCAGGAAUUAAGAAAAAGGGGAGAUACCUCUUCACACAGUCUCCUGAUCUUCAUGAUUACCUCCUUACCCAUGCUGAGCUGAAAGUCGCUGGAGAAUAGAUCUUCUUUGGAAUUAAAUUCAGCGUAUUCAUGUACUUAGAUAUUUUCACAUAUAGCACACAGGUUACUUAAACAUUCUGAUAUGGUCACAGGAGCACUGGGAAAGCCCUCUGAAUGAAAAAUAUUUGAAAAUAAUAUUUUAUCCUGUUUUAUGUGAAUAUAGAUUUUGAAAACUAAACCCAUAUUAUUUAUGAUAAGCAAUGGAUUGUCAACAAUUUGGGGCAGGAGUUCCAGAUUCUCUAUGCAUUGUAAAUUGCAAGGCUAAGGGUUUAGUUUUACUUUAAAUGUAAGUGAAUGGUCACAGAAAAUAGUGAUUUCUAUUUACA